AUGUCGUUUUAUGAGCAAAGCGGCUCAAAAGCAGAUGGCACGAAUCACAGAAGGACAUGGGAUACUAACGAAUAUUCGCUGAAAGCCCAUGCGCGGGCUCUUGAGGAAAAAGAGGCGGAAGAUAUUCGUUUAGGAAGAAAGAAGCCGACUGAGCCGAAAGUGAAACGAGAAUUACUUCAAGCGCGUGAUUAUAAAGUUGAUUUGGAAUCGAAAGUUGGAAAAUCGGUGGUAAUCAAUAAAGCAACGCCAUCCGCUGAAACUGGAGGAUUCUAUUGUAAUAUUUGCGAUUGUGUUGUGAAGGAUUCAAUUAAUUUUCUUGAUCAUAUUAAUGGAAAGAAUCAUCAAAGAAACAUGGGAAUGUCCAUGAAAACGAAGAAGAGCACACUGGAUGAUGUGCGUGCGCGAUUCCGAAUCAAUAAAGAGAAAAUGGAGCGGGAAAAGAAGGAGAAACAAAUUGAAGCGUUAUUAGAAGACGUGCAAGAGGAAGAAGCUCGAAUAGCAGAUUACAAGAAGGAGAAGAAAACCGACAGUAGAAAACGGAAGCGGGAAAUUAAGCAAGAUGAGGAGGAGGAUGGUGACGAUGGAUUGGAUCCCGAAUUACGAGCGAUGAUGGGAUUCUCAUCGUUCAAUUCCAGCAAGCGAUAA